GAAAGAUACUGCAGGGGCCCACAGCAGAGUGACCAGUCCAACACUGAGAGGAAGAUGUGUAGCUCACUGCUCAUCCUGCUGCUCAUCGCUGGAGCUCUGCUGAUCUCUACUGAGGGUCAGCAGGAUUAUCACAGUCUCCCUAGUUUCUACAAAGACACCGUAAACAAGGCAAUUCAACACGGCAAUCAAAAAUCCCUACAGCAUUUGAAUUUUGUGGCCUUCCUUCCUGAUUCAGAGAGACCUGAUCCAUUUUACAUCGAGCUUCACUUGAAAGCCACCAACUGCACAAAAAGCGAAAAGAUCACACAUCGAGAUGACUGCCAGUUCAUGGAGCGAAGGCCACGUAUCAACUGCGCUGUUUGCAAUAACCAAAGGACCGGCCUCUUCAUCCACUGCGCUCCGCAACAGAAAGUAAAGCAGUUUGAAGAAUUUCGGAAAAAUGAGUGCAUUGGACACAAAGUACUAGCUGCUGAACCGACAGCACCCAGACCAGAAAUUUCAGCACCGCCACCAGAAAUAACCCCUCAAGGACCACCCACAGGACCUCCAGGACCUCCUGAACCUCUGAAAGCAUGAUGGCUCUGUGGUGGUUUAAUGUCAUCUGAAAUACUGUGCUACCUUCCCUUUGCCUGAAUGUACUCUACUAGGGCUGCUUGUUUUCAGUCAUUAAAUGCUUUUCACAAUGA